AUGGUGUCUGCUUCCAAAGCCGCUCGUAUGGCCAAGCGUGCCGACGACAAGAAGAAGUCGGGCAAGGGCGGCGAUGAGACCCCCGUCGACGCCGGCGAUGAGCAGCCCGCCACCACCACCGAGAAGAUGAAGACGGUCGAUAAGUUGACGGCACAGAUGGACAAGCAUGGUCUCUCGGACCGUGUCACGACCGGUGUCCUGUCGUCCAUGCCCUCUUCUCGUGAUGUGAAGAUCACCUCCGCCUCGCUGGUGUUCCACGGCAAGGUCUUGAUCACCGACUCGACCCUCGAACUGAACUUCGGCCGUCGCUACGGUCUCCUGGGUGAGAACGGUUGCGGCAAGUCUACCUUGCUCAAGUCCAUCGCCACCCGCGAGUUCCCCAUCCCCGAGCACAUCGACGUCUACCUGUUGAACGAAGGUGCCCCUCCCACCGACCAGGGUGCCCUCGACUGGGUCGUCCGCGAGGCCGAGAGCCAGCUGGCUCGCAUGGAGCAGCAGGCCGAGGAGGUCCUCGAGAACGAGGGCCCUGAGAGCCCCAUCCUGGUCGACCUGUACGACCGUAUGGAUAAAAUGGAUCCCUCCACUUUCCAAGUCCGUGCUUCCCUGAUCCUCACGGGUCUCGGUUUCAACAAGAAGACCAUCCAGAAGAAGACCAAGGACAUGUCCGGUGGUUGGCGUAUGCGUGUCGCCUUGGCCAAGGCCCUGUUCGUCAAGCCCUCGCUCCUUCUGCUGGAUGACCCCACCGCGCAUUUGGAUCUCGAAGCCUGUGUGUGGUUGGAAGAGUACAUGAAGAAGUGGGACACCACCCUGGUUCUCAUCUCCCACUCGAUGGAUUUCCUCAACGGUGUCUGCAGCACCAUGAUCGACAUGCGCGGCAAGCAGCUGCUCUACUACGGUGGUAACUACGACUCGUACCACAAGACCCGCAGCGAACAGGAGACGAACCAGAUGAAGGCCUACAACAAGCAGCAGGAAGAAAUUUCCCACAUCAAGAAGUUCAUCGCCUCCGCCGGUACCUACGCCAACUUGGUCCGACAGGCCAAGUCCCGCCAGAAGAUCCUCGACAAGAUGGAGGCCGAUGGCUUCAUCCAGCCCGUCAUCCCCGACCGUGUCUUCUCCUUCAGCUUCGCCGAUGUCGAGAAGCUGCCUCCUCCCGUGCUGUCCUUCGACGACGUCAGCUUCUCCUACUCGGGUGAGUGGGAGGACACCCUGUACGAGCACCUCGACCUCGGUGUGGACAUGGACUCCCGUACGGCCCUGGUCGGCCCCAACGGUGUGGGCAAGUCCACCCUGCUGCGUCUCAUGACCGGCAAGCUGAGCCCCAUCGGUGGUCGUGUCUCCCGUCACACCCACUUGAAGCUCGGCAUGUACAGCCAGCACUCCGCGGAGCAGCUCGACCUGACCAAGUCCGCCCUGGAAUUCGUCCGCGACAAGUUCCCCCAGAAGAGUCAGGACUUCCAGUACUGGCGUCAGCAGCUCGGCCGCUACGGUCUCAGCGGUGAGUCCCAGACCGCCCUGAUGGGUACCCUGUCCGAGGGCCAGAAGAGCCGUAUCGUCUUCGCCCUGCUGGCGAUCGAGUCCCCCAACAUGAUCCUGCUGGACGAACCGACGAACGGUCUGGACAUCCCCACCAUCGACAGUUUGGCCGACGCCAUCAACGGCUACAGCGGUGGUGUCGUGGUCGUGUCCCACGACUUCCGUCUGCUCGACAAGAUCGCCAAGGACAUCAUGGUCUGCGAGAACAAGACCAUCACCCGCUGGGAGGGUAGCAUCGGCCAGUACAAGAACCACCUGCGCAAGAAGAUGAUCAGCGCCGGUGCCGUCUAA